UCUGGCACGCGUUGUGUCCCCGACCGUGGCCUAAACACGACUGCGUUGUAAACAUUCCAUUUUCAAAAGUGCAAUGGAUUAGUGACAGAUCAGUGCAAAAAGUUUACCAAAGAGUUUUUAUAACAACUUUAUAGUGAAGUGGAUUAAUACGAUGCUUAAAUUUAAAUAGAAAAAAAUUAUAGUAAUAAUUAAGUGGUUGGCUAACUUAGUGGAGAUUUAUUAUAAGUAAAGAUAAUAUAUAUUUAUCUAAUACUUAAUAGUUAAAAUUAUUAUUCGUGUGUAAAACCAGUAAUAAAAUAGAAGUAAGUCAAUAAAAUGCAAAAACUGAACGUUUAAAAUAACAUGGCAAGCCUGUGUGACUGGUGUUACAGUGAAGUGGUAUUUAUUAGAGUGGACACAAUGUGAGAAGCUUUCGCGAUGUGGGCGGCGGAGUUAAGCUGUAUUUUCAUAUUAUUCGGUGCAACAGCCGGCGGCGGAGGCUGGGAGCCCCUGGGGCAGCCGUACUUCGACAACAGCACGAAGCGCGAGGCCACCGCCGCCGUGGGCCAGCCUGCGUACCUUCACUGCAGAGUCAGAAACUUAGCUGAUAGAGCGGUGUCCUGGAUCCGCAAACGAGACCUGCACAUACUAACGGUGGGUGUCCACACGUACAGCAGCGACGCGCGGUUUGCGGCGCUGCAUGCGGACGGCUCGGACGAGUGGACGCUGCGAGUGGCGCCCGCCCAACCGCGCGACUCCGGCGUCUACGAAUGCCAAGUGUCCACUGAGCCUAAGAUUAGUUUAUCGUUUCGGCUCACUGUUGUUGUGUCGAAGGCUGAAAUUUUAUCUGGGCCGGAGCUAUUCGUGAGAGCGGGCUCGGAUAUCAAUCUCACUUGCGUCGCGAAGCACGCCCCGGACCCGCCAAGUUUUAUAUACUGGUAUCGGGGUGAGCAAGUCGUCAACUACGCGCAGCGUGGCGGCAUCAGCGUAGAGACGGAGCAGCGGACGCGCACCAGUAGGCUGCUCAUAGCGCGCGCUGCUCCACACGACUCCGGCAACUACACCUGCGCACCGAGCAGUUCUGAAUCUGCGUCGGUGAUCGUCCACGUAUUGAGUGGGGAGCGGCCAGCAGCCAUGCAGAGUUCCAGCCCAGCGAAGCUUCAAUUUGAUCCAACACUUUGGGCAACCGUUACCACCAUAACUUCGGUUCAUCAACAUCGGAGCUUUCUCCUUAAAAAUGUUUACUUAAUUAUAUUUCAAUUAUCCGACAGCAUCUUAUAUUUUAUCGCAAGUAUCAUAGGUAUUGUUAGGCACAUCAGUAACUUCGGGACACGGUCUGGGAGAUGACCAAUUACACGGUAAGUACUUGGUUUAUUAGAAAUGUAAUAAUAUAAUAAGUUUAAGCUGCUUUAUGUAUAAAUAGAAGAGGACGAUCUUUGUAACGUAUUUGAAAUACAACGAUUCAAUAGCUAGUAAAAUUAUGAAAUGUAUUAAAAAUUAUAUUUCGUUAUUAUUAAUUAAAGUUAUUCCGUAUUUCAAUUGAAACCUAGUUCCGAUAACAUGAGUUUUAAGAAUAAAAACACAUUGUUCUCGACUAAUUGAAAUUUCUAAUAGCCCAAUAAGCUGAUUAAAAAGCUCGAGGUAUUAAUUUUGAUUAUAAGUGUCUUUGAUAAGAUAAAUGGUACGCAUUUCGAACCGAGGGCCUGCGAUAGCCAGAUUAAUUUCUUUAUUAGGGAGGCUAGCAGUUUGUCGGCGGCCCAUGCAUACCAACGAGUAGCUUAAGUAAGUGGAUUUAAAUAUGGAGUUUUCACCGUAGUGGCUUUUGAAGGAAGUAGCUUUUAAGAGUCUAGAUCCUUGAUUGCUCAAUUUUUUUUCCGAGGUAAUAUGAGGGAUCUUGCCCCCAGUCCACAAACCCAUAACUUCGAGGCAACCUAGACUAGACUUAACCGCUGGAGACAGGUUUAAAAUAAAAAUAAGUAAUAACUGUAUUCCAACGUAAGAUUUACAGUACCCUACCCAGACAGCAUGCUUAACUGUAACCUAUAAAUAGAACGGGUGUAUAGCACAGCACUAUGUCGUCCUAAAAAAAAACUUCAAUGGUGUUUUUCGAAAGAUUGCUUACCUCAGUAAUUGGGGAUUAGAGACAUGAUUUCUGAUAUUAUUCCGCGGAAAAUAUAAAAAAUACGCUUUAUACCUUGAAACCUGCUACCUCCCAAAGUCAGUCCAACUAAUUGGCUACCGUAUUAAUUAAAGUAAUUAGGAUAAUUGACAAACUUUUCAGCCUUCCUAAAAUGAGGUAGGUCUGACCAUUGCAAGCUCUCGUUCUAGUACGCAUUUACUUUGGCGGCUAAAGUCUUUAAACGAUUAUUCGCCGCCUAUUCUCUUUCGUUUUUCCAGCAAACUACGCCGAUCUUAAUCCCGUAGCAAGAUUAAGAGAAAAUCAAUACUAUUAUUCCGAUCCGGCGUUAGCUGAUAUUCUAUAUAAGAAGCUUAGUUUACGUGUUACGUGCUAAGCCUUCGGUCGGACUCUUUGCCACGUUAUUUGCCUUCCCAUCGAGUUGAGUAAACAGAAUGGAUGCGAAAUAUCUGACUAGUCAUAAUAACUCGAUUGGAAACAAUAAAAACUCGGAAUCAUCACGUUCCGUUUGUUUGGACGCGUUAUUAAAUUUAGAGAAUUUUGUAUUGUAAUGUUGCAAUGCAAAAUUCUUUAAAUCUGAUAAAAUAUCUAUCUUAACAUAUUUGUAUAAAUAACAUGAAAUUAUUAAUUACACAAUACAAUACAAAAAUGUAUGUAUUUGUAUCAAACAUCUCUAAGAACAUUCGACAUACGUCACCUUUAAUACGAAAAAAACUAAAUUGAUAUCGCUUCAUCCGUUUGGGAGCUAUGGUGCCAUAGACAGACUGACAGAUAGACAGACACGUCAAACACCCCUCUUUUUGCGUCGGGGGUUAAAAAUCGGAUAACUUAUAGUUUUAUAACUAUAGAAUAUCCGAACAAAUCUCUGAAAGGCAUAGAUUAUGGUUUAAACAAGCCUAUAUCACAAGGCAAUAGAAACACAGCCAGUAAAAAAAAAAAGAAAAUAAAAAUCCAUGGUUCCCGCGGGAUUUGUGAAAUAUUGAAUUCCACGCGGACGAAGUCGCUGGCGUUCGCUAGUAAUUUAUAUAUUAUAGCGAAAAUUCUUUCGUUAAUUUAUCUGUUACUUUUUUAAUAAUUAUUGUAAAAGCCCAUGUAGUGGCAAGUACUGCUUUGAGUUUAAUUUUCCUUUUUUGUUACUGUGUAGUAGUUUAUAACGACUGAACGAAGUUGAAUAAUUAAUGGCCACUAUACAAACAAGUCUCGGGUAAGUUUUUAAUUGAUAUUAAUAAAAAAUUGAAAACGUUUUUAACUGAAAGAAACCACAGAAUUGGGUAAAUAUGCAUUUUUAAAAUGCUCAGUACGGAAACUGAAAAAGAGCUAAUAUUUAAAAUAAUUACAUCAUUAACAAAUCAUGUUCGGCUGAGCUCGAGUCUCUCUCGUGAUUAUUUGGCCUAACUCCUCUCAGAAUGAGAGGGCUUAGGCCUUAGGCGUAGGAUUAGAUCUUCUUCUUCGUGGAUCUUCUACUUCUUCUCUUAUUCUUGAUAUGAUUCUUCUCUAAUUUUUGUGUGUUGUUUUGCGUGGGUUUGUUUCCUUAUCUUAUGUCAGAAAUAAUCAUGGAAACCUUCUUGCCACGAAGAGGCAAGACUAUGUGAGACUUCAACCGACUAAAACCCCACGGUGUUCGACUUCCGACUCGUUCUCUGAUGAUUGGGCCAUGGGAGCGUUUCGUAAGCCAUCACAACCCAGCCCGCAUGAGUUCGAUUUCUACCUCAACAUUUUUGUUAUCAACCCAUAUUCGGCUCACUGCUGUGGUCGAAUCUCCGCUCAGAAUAAAAAUGAUUAGGCCAAAUAGCCCACGACGCUGGCCCAAUGUGGAUUGGCAGCGAAUACCUGCGACUCGCUUGAUGUCGUCACUCCACCUAGUGGGGGGUCGAACAACACUGCGCUUUCUGGUGCGGGGCCAACGGCCAUCAGCUCUUCGAAGCUCAACAUUAUAAAAAUCUUAUUCCAAUAUAGUGUAUAAUAUUGUGCGAUUCAUUUUACUCUUUAUUAGUCUGUGUACUUUGUUGUUAAAUGCAAAGUUAGAUCAUAUAGGCCGUUACGUUCUCAGUAAAGUACAUUCUACAGUGAAUAUGCAGCCCUCAAGUGCUGUGCAAAGGCACUCACGCUACGGUACAUCUAGUCGAUAGAGUCCAGUUGUUUAGGAAUUUUCUCAAAAGCCGAGCUCUAUCUUUUAUUUUCCGUUUAUUUAUCCUUGCCUCUUGCUAUCUGCGAGUGAAUUUACGAGACAAUGUAAAACGACUUGGAAGAAAAAGAAAAACACGUCUGCAAAUCUCGGUCCUUACUACAUAAAAAUGUUUUUUUUUUAUAUAGCUGUAUUUUUUUCACUGAAGAAAGAUAUUUUAGUACUAAAUUUUUAUUGUGAAAGUUUAAGUAAUGUUUUUUUUUUCACGUUACGAGUACGUUUUUAUCUCGUUGACGCGUCAAAAAUAUGGAAACUUUAUUCAAUGCACAAAAUCUUAUUUUUUUUUUGCCUUUUGGUGCAGAGACUUUAUAUUCACGGCUUAAUUAAUAACUUUGAAAUUGAAUCUACCAAUAAUUAUGGAUAUUUUAAUUAAAAAUAGAAUAUUGGCCGUGUCUAAACAUGCUUAAUUUUUAUUUUUUUCUACAAAUAAAGCAAAAAGUCUGUACUAGAAGUAGGUCUUAAAAUUUACCAUUGGGAAGGGGUCAAAUUCAAAGCUUUACGAAAUAGAGUCCGACCCUUUAAGGGGAUACAGAGCUUUUAUCACGGUUAACCGUAGAACUUAUAAAGCUUGGUUUAAUUUAAAUGUAGUUGUAGUGUACUUUAUAUUUUAAUUUAGUUACGAAUUGACUUUGUUUUAACAUUUAAUAAAAUCCAUUAGAAAAAGAUGUACCUAUUAAAAAUAUUUGUGUUGGUAAUUUUACAACCAAAAUGACAUUGUAACGCUAAAGUUUCGCGCUAUUAGUAAAAAAUAUUAGAUUGUUUCCUAAAUGUAGUUUAAUUUUAAUGUUUUUGUAUUUAUUUAUGAAGGGAAUAAAGUAAGAGCAGGGGCACACGAUGCGUUGCGGCGCCGCAUCGCAAAGAUUUCACUGAAUCAGUGAAAUGCCGCAACGCAUCGUGUGUCCCCGCUCUAAGCGAUCGAGCGAUAGAAGCUUGAUAUUGAUAAAUGUUGAAGUUUCCGUAUGACUCAAUAUUGUUGGAAUUGUCAAAGACAAAUAAUAGUAACCUAAUUUUAUUUAUACGUGUUUAUUAUCUAUUGUAACAAAUAGUAAUAUUGUGAAUAGAUUUAAAUAUAAUCCUUAUUGUAAUUUUAGACUACGUUCAAUGUAAAUAAUAUAUUAUAAGGUAUGUAAAUAUUGUACUGUAAAUAAGCUUGAAACAUAUUUAUAUCAUUUUUGAGAGCUAGGAGUUAAAGGACGAGUGUAUGAAUUUUUUCUUCAACUGAGUCAGAGCUAAUGUACAGGAUACCUACUCAGAUUACCAGUAAAAUUAACAAGCUGCUUUAUGUACAAGAUUUCUUAAACUAGUAUCGCAAUACGAGGUCUAUUUAAGUUAAAAAUCAGUAAGAUUACAAAUAUAUUAUAAUAAUUACACUGCGCGACAAAAUUUCAACUUUUCUCUGAUGAUUGACUUUUAUCACUUGGUGCUUACUUAUUUGUAACAGCUAAGUAAUACUUACUCUAUUUUCUUGUAACAGCUUAGAAAAGAACCAUAACUAUAUUAAAAAUUAAAGCACUUUCCUUAUAAGUAAACUUUCAAGAAAAGCGUUUUUAAAGCUCACACUGUCAGGUCAUAAAAACAUCCAACUACUGCAAGCAAAUAAUGUCACAGAAAAUAUAAUAUAACUUUCGUUUAUAUUUUGUUUUCGCUUUAUGGCUAAAAGAUUAUGCUAAUAUGGCGAUAAGAGACUAGAAAUAAACUAUCGCUAGUGCUUCACAAACCCAACUCAAGAGCAUGUUCAUGAUUCCCUGUAUUGAGUUCCUCACCAUUUAAUUAAACAUCAAAAUCACGAUCUCAAGUUGCUUGGACUUUAAGUUCGAUGUUGAGAAACGUCUAUAAAUAUAGGCUAACUAUGAGACGAAUAUCAAAGCAAUCCAUGGAUUCACCAUGCGGUUUUGGGGUUCAUCGUUUGGCAGAGAGAAAAAUUUCAAGCUGGACCCUGGACUUGUAACCAAUGGGUGUAGGGUUAAGGAUAUCCUUGAGAACUAACUAACACUCUGUUCUCCGCUCCUAGAGCAGCUUUGGAUACCCGUUCUGAUAUAAAACUUGCUCAGUUCUACCGAGGUAAAGGUCUUUAAGCAAGUUAUAGAGAUAUUUGGCUGAUAAUCCACUCACACCCAGUUAUACGGAGUACAAACUAACCACAUAGCCAUUUCAGUUAAUUUAUUAGAUUGUAAUAUUUGUUCUCUUUUAUACUGUGGUCCAUCAGAAUAUUUGUCUCCAAUGAAACAGUAAAGUAUAACGAAGGUAUAGUUUGUUUGGAAAAAAGGAAAUUUCCGGUCUCGAAAUAGCGACAUCCUCUGAGAUUUUAUAAUGUUUUUCAUACGUGUAUUAUAAAUUAAUAUAUUGUUUUCUACGGCAUAAAAUGCAAUACUUAAAAGCGUUGUUUUCUGUGCAUUGGCUCUAAUGUUUACUGUUGAAUGUUAAUAUGAAGCUGUCUUUAAAUACAAGUAGAAAAAAAGGGUUGUGUAAUAAACUAUCAAAUUUAGUAGUAAUUAACUAUGUUACAUAUUGUUUUUAAGGAUAAUGAUAUAGAAAUAAAAUAUUAAUAAUUA